AUGCGGGGAAUAUCAGCUCUGUACUACGUGGCCUGUGAACGCGAAGGAUGUUUGGCCAACUCACUCUUCGUUCAUUUUUGCAUAAACCUCGAUUCCUCUGAUGAUUGCCCAAAAAAUAUCGACCUCUGUUCGAACUAUUUAGGUGACGCGGGUUGUGCUGCAAUCAUUAGGACGGUAGCCGUUAUGGCCUGGGUUCAUCGCGUGGAAAUGCGGGGUUGUGGGGCUGGUGAGAAAGCGACACGAGCGCUUGUGGAAGUUGUAGCUGACCAUCCGAACCUCCGCUGCGUUGACUUUCGGGGUGAGAACAGCACAGUGUUUGCCGUAUCGGGAAGAUUGCUACUUCGCUUGCUGGCUCGCUUAAAAAGGCUUGUGGUGCUCGUAAACUAUGACGAUUUUCCUCCAACGAUGGCUAAUAGACUUCGGGCAUACAAUGAAUGUCACGACCAGCUGCAAAGAGAGGAAGAAGAACAUGAGAAGGCGGUCCAAAUGGGUAUAGCCAACUCGUAUGAGUCCCUCCGAGAAGAAGAAAGAAUACGCAAUCUUCUUUACAUUCCUACACUAGAUAGCGAUGGUAACCAACUUUACAGCGAAGGAAGUGACAUUUUACACCUUGUCGACGGCCUCAAUACGCAUAUGGAAGACUACUUGGAGGCGUAUGCCUAUGUUGGACGGGCGGCCGCGCAACUGGCGAUUGACCUCGGGCCAACGAUUCUACCGUGCAUCCGUGCAACGGCUCCCGCAGCGCCGGUGUGCUUGUCAGCACCCAGCAGACUUGUGUACCCUGUAGGUGUUGCAUCGUCACUACGGGCAAUCGAUGCCCUUUUUACUGGAUUGCGCGCCAACCCAUUCCUUCGUCAGGAACUAGAAGAGGCCCGCGGAUCAAUACUUGGCAUGUACAUCACCAAAUUGCAAGAGCUGCGUGGCGAGUACGAGUCAUUGGUAGCGAAGCGAAUGGGGCCAUUUCCCUCCUACAAGGAGUGGAAGUUGGAAAAAGAGAUGCGACCACUUUACAACAGGAUUGUAGCUGGUAUCACACAAGGCUCCAUGUUGGAUUUGCCGUCAAUGAAACAUAUCGAGGAGCGACUUCGAGAACUCCGUCAGUUGGUUUUAGACAGUCUUCUCGAGGGACGGGAGCGAGCGCUUCAAGUCCCGCUCUUGCAGUUGCGUUACUUCGCUUAUAACCACUCAACGGAAACUAAGGCGUGGACUGUAGAUUACAUCAAAGGCACGCGGGCGUACAUGCACCAAAAGCAGAAGGAAAAAGAACCAAAGUUGCGUAUUCGUGUGGAUGACGAUGACGACGAGAAUGAACAACGGGGGAAGGAGGACUCCGGUGUGGAGUCGGACGAGGAGCAGUAUGACAAUGAAGUGGUGAAACGACUAGGCAGUGGGUCUCCAAAGCACACUCGGUUGUGCCUGAAGGCCUUGCGUGAACUUCGUGAAAUGAUUUCAGAUCCGUACAUACAAGCGCGGUAUGCAGUGACAAAGGCUCUUAGCGACCUACUUCCGCCAGAGUUUAAGUUCUUUUUGUGUGAUUUGGUACUUCGGAGAGCUGCUCUUCUCUACACCCCACGGAUAUUUGUGCUGGAUGGGGACGACAGGCGAUCUUCGUGGCAUGUACAGGGUGUCUGGAACAUGGGGAAUGAAUCCGAUGAUCCCUAUGAUAUUGUGGGCAUAUUCCAACGGGUACUCGGAAGGAGAGAAUUUUCUGAAGUAUUGUGUGCCUUUGAGGAGUGGUAUCGCUUGCAUCAAGUGGAGCGAUAUGACAUCACGUAUGUCAGCCGCCAGGAAUUGCUCGCCGUCAUGACGGAUGCGUAG